GAGCCAUUUAAGAUUCAGGCUCAGAUCUGCUGGAGCUGCUCUACUGUGACCUCCAGCGUUGUGCCACGUGAACUGACCUCAGAUGGCUGUUUUCACUGGACACUGGCAGCUGUGCCGACCUGGGAACGGACACAGGGACAGUAUCGAGCUAAGUGCUCUUGGCCAAACCCGUUUUCUGAGGAAGAAUCGGAGAAAUGAAUGACAUCACAUUGCAAGUCUUCCGUCGCUCCGUUUCCAUCAAAACAGCAACCGUCUUCUUUCACAUUGACCUCUCGCAGAUGAACACCGAAAGACAUGGACGAGGAUAGAACUCACCUCUGCCCACAGUGUGGGAUGAGUUUUACUGAACAAAGUGAUCUCCACCAACACCAGUGCACUCACACGGAAGUGAAGCCUUAUUUCUGCGUACAGUGUGGGAAGAGUUUUGCUCGGCAGAGUCAUCUCCUACUGCACCAGCACAUCCACACAGGAGAGAAGCCGUACGACUGCCGACAGUGCGGGAGGAGUUUUACUCAACAGGGUAGUCUCCAGCGGCACCAGCGCAUUCAUACCGGAGAGAAGCCGUAUUGCUGCGCGCAGUGUGGCAAGAGUUUUACUCAGCACAGCACUCUCCAGCGGCACCAGCGCAUUCACACGGGAGAGAAGCCGUAUUGCUGCUCGUACUGUGGAAAGAGCUUCACCCGGCAGAGUCAUCUCCACCAACACCAGCGCAUUCACACCGGGGAGAGGCCCUAUUACUGCGUAGAGUGUGGAAAGAGCUUUACUCAGCAGAGCACGCUCCAACUACACCAGCGUACUCAUACAGGAGAGAAGCCGUAUUUCUGCAUAGAGUGUGGAAAGAGUUUUACCCAACAGAGCACUCUCCAACUACACCAGCGCACCCACACGGGAGAGAAGCCGUACUUCUGCACCGAGUGUGGGAAGAGUUUUACUCAACAGAGUACCCUUCAGCUACAUCAGCGCACUCACACGGGAGCGAAGCCGUACGAUUGCUCCCACUGUGGGAAGAGUUUCAGUCACAGAGGCAACCUCCGAGGACACCAGCGCAUUCACAUGAGCGACAGGCCGUAUGAGUGCCCACUGUGUGGGAAGACUUUCAAUCAGAAGCGCAUCCUCAAAAAACACCAGCGAAUUCACAGGACCUCGGCAUUUAAGCCAAUCGUGUGGUCAUAUGCCGGCAGCACGGUGGUGCAGUGGGUAGCGCUGUCGCCCCACAGCAAGAAAGGCCUGGGUUUGAUACCUGGCCAGAGAAUGAAUUCCGGCCUCAUCUUGCUGUGUGUGCCCGGCACUAACCUAUACCUGCCGCUGCAUCACGAGAUUCCACCGCAGGGAUUUCUGCAGGUUGCUGAUGCGGAGUUAGAACAGCCGACGUCCUCCGCUAAUCUCCUCGCUGAUGCCUCCCCCACAGGAGAGGAGUCGGAAAGCGGUAAGGAGAGAGCUCACCUCUGUUCAGAGUGUGGGAAGAGUUUUACCCAGCACAGCGAUCUCCAGCGACACCAGCGCGUUCACACAGGAGAGAAACCGUUUAGCUGCUUGCAGUGCGGGAAGGGCUUUAUUCAACAGAGCGAUCUCCAGCUGCACCUGCGCACCCACACCGGAGAGAAACCAUACGACUGCUCGCACUGCGGGAAGAGCUUCACCCACCGGAACAGCCUCCAGCGCCACCAGCUCAUUCACUCGGGAGAGAAGCCGUACGACUGCCCGCUCUGCGGGAAGAGCUUCACUCAUAAGAACAGCCUCCAGCGCCACCAGAGCGUCCACACCGGAGAGAAGCCGUACGACUGCUCCGUGUGCGGCAAGAGUUUUAUCGACAAAGGCCACCUGAAGAAACACCAGCGCGUUCACACGGGAGAGAAGCCGUAUCAGUGCAUGUACUGCGGCAGGAGCUUCGCCCAGCAGAGUUACCUCCAACAGCACCACCGCACUCACACCGGAGAGAGGCCGUAUUACUGCUCCGAGUGCGGCAAGAGCUUCACUCAGCUGAGCAGCCUCCAGCUGCACCACCGCAUUCACUCGGGGGAGAAGCCUUACGACUGCCCGGAGUGCGGGGUCAGCUUCACCCACAAGAGCAGCCUCCAGCGACACCAGCUCACCCACACAGGAGAGAAGCCGUACGUCUGCGCCUGGUGCGGGAGGAGUUUUACUGAACAGAGUAACCUUCAGCGACACGUGCGCACUCACUUCAAGGAAGAUCAUCACAAGUGGUACAAAUCAGUAAGGUCAGGAAUCGUCCUCUACAUUUCUCACCAACUCAUCCAGAAAAAGAUGGGCAAGGAGCGAACCCUCCACUGCUCAGAGUGCGGGAAGGGUUUUAGUCAUCAGUGUCAUCUCCAAGACCACCAGCGCAUCCACACCGGAGAGAAGCCGUAUCGCUGCUCGCAGUGCGGGAAGGGUUUUGCUCAUCAGAGUAACCAUCAGCGUCACCUGCGCACUCACACGGGAGAGAAGCCGUACUGCUGCUUGGAGUGCGGGACGCGCUUUGUCCGUCAGUGUCAUCUCCGAGACCACCAGCGCAUUCACACCGGAGAGAAGCCGUAUCGGUGUUCGCAGUGUGGGCAGAGUUUUGCUCGUCAGAACAAUCUUCAGCGUCACUAUCGCACUCACGUAGGAGAGAAGCCGUACAUCUGCUCGGAGUGCGGGAAGAGUUUUAUCCGUCAGUGUCACCUCCGGGACCACCUGCGCAUUCACACCGGAGAGAAACCGUAUCCGUGUUCGCAGUGUGGGAAGAGUUUCGCUCGACUGAGUAAGCUUCAACGUCACUUUCGUAUUCACACGGGCGAGAAGCCGCAUUGCUGCUCGGAGUGCACGAAGAGUUUUGGGGAUUUGGGUAGCUUAAAGAAACACCAGCGCACUCACACCGGGGACAAACCAUGCGUCUGCUCAGAGUGUGGAAAGAGCUUUACCGACCAGGGCACUCUGAGGAGUCACCAGCGCGUCCACACUGGAGAGAAGCCGCAUCGCUGUUCACAGUGCGGGAAGAGUUUUGCUCGCCUGACUAAGCUUCAGCAUCACUGUCGCACUCACACGGGAGAGAAGCCGUACUGCUGCUUACAGUGUGAGAAGAGUUUUAGUGACUUGGGUAACUUUAAAAAACACCAGCGCACUCACACAGGGGAAAAACCUUGUGUCUGCUCAGAGUGCGGCAGCAGUUUUACCGACAGAAGUGCGCUCCUAGCGCACCGGCGCGUUCACACGGGAGAGAAGCCGUAUUUCUGUUCGCAGUGUGGGAAGAGUUUUGCUCGACUUAGAAACCUCCAGAUACACCACCGCAUUCACACCGGAGAGAAACCGUAUACUUGCACGCAGUGUGGGAAGAGUUUUAUCGACAGAGGAAUUCUCAAGAACCACCAGCGCAUCCACACAGAAGAGAAGCCGUAUCGCUGCUCGCAGUGCGGGAAGAGUUUUGCACAUCAGAGUAACCAUCAGCGUCACCUGCGCACUCACACGGGAGAGAAGCCGUACUGCUGCUCGGAGUGCGGGAUGCGCUUUGUCCGUCAGUGUCAUCUCCGAGACCACCGGCGCAUUCACACCGGAGAGAAGCCGUACCGCUGUUCGCAGUGUGGCAAGAGUUUUGCUCGACAGAACAAUCUUCAGCGCCACCUUCAUAUUCACACGGGAGAAAAGCCGUACAUCUGCUUACAGUGUGGGAAGAAUUUCAUUGACUUGGAUAAGUUGAAAAAACACCAGCGCACUCACACAGGGGAAAAGCCGUAUGUCUGCUCGGAGUGUGGAAAGUGUUUUUGUAAAAGAAGCACUCUCACAGCACACCUGCGCAGUCACACAGGAGAGACGCUGGUGUCUACGUGAAACUUGCAGGUUAAGUUGCCUCAUCAGGGUGCGAAAUACCCCCUGGUAUUCGGGAGUGCACACUCGCCCAAGUGGUGCUGAUGCUUCAUUGGCAACAGAAAGCUUGGUUUAACAGUUCUUCUUCUGGAAAUGUUCUUUUCUAGUUUGGCAACGUUCCACAAAUUAAAUCUUGUACAAUUCUUGUUUUUAGUUUUUGAAAUGCAUAAUAACUCAUUCCUUCCUUCAGUCUCUUGUAAAGUUGGGCGAGUGUUUUAGAUUUACCAAUAUGCUGCGGUAUAUUUUAAAUAUUUUCAGAGGUAUCCCAGACAUAGUUUUAGUGGCUGGGCUGUUAUGGACCAAGUGGAUCAACCAGUUCACUACAGCGACCUUGAGGCAGGUCAGUGCUGUAUCUCUAGUUAGUUAAGGAUACCAAAGACAGAAACUUGCCGAUUGCAGAGAAACAAUGGCCGCAUAAUAUUAUAUUUAUUAUGAAGGACCCCCAGAAUUUUGAAUGAGACAUUCAGGGGGUCCAAAAGGACCUUGUAGGACCUCCCUGUAUUUUGCACCUUGGCCUCAUCACAUCAAACUCUACUGAGCUUGAAUGUCUACAUCAUUUCCACAUGAAUACAAAGUAUUUUCUCUUUGUUUUCUCUUUAUUUUUGAAAAUAGGUUAAUUGAUGUCAAAUAUUUUACUAAUGUGGAAGUGACAUUUGAGAAGUAAAGCAUUUAUUCAUUUCUUUUACCAUUUGACAGUAUUUUAAUGUAUGAAAACAUACAAGCUAAUUAUAAAGUAACUGGAUUAAAUGUUCUCUUUCUCUUUUGAGGCUCUCUAGGUCACCUCUCGGUCUCAGUUGUGUAUACCAUCAUGAACAUUACCAACAUGAACAUUACCCCUCAUCAGCACAGGCCAACAUGAACAUUACCCUUCAUCAGCACAGGCCAACAUGAACAUUACCCUUCAUCAGCACAGGCCAACACGAACAUUACUCCUCUUCAGCACAGGGCAACAUGAACGUUACCCCUCUUCACCACAGGCCAACAUGAACAUUACCCUUCAUCAGCACAGGCCAACAUGAACAUUACCCUUCUUCAGCACAGGCCAACAUGAACAUUACUCCUCUUCAGCACAGGCCAACAUGAACAUUACUCCUCUUCAGCACAGGCCAACAUGAACGUUACUCCUCUUCAGCACAGGCCAACAUGAACGUUACUCCUCUUCAGCACAGGCCAACAUGAACGUUACUCCUCUUCAGCACAGGCCAACAUGAACGUUACUCCUCUUCAGCACAGGCCAACAUGAACAUUACCCCUCAUCAGCACAGGCCAAUAUUGCUGUCACUUCACAGCACAGGCUAAUAUGAGAAUUAUCCGUCUUCACCACAGGCCAACAUGAACAUUGCCCCUCUUCAGCACAGGCCAACAUGAACAUUACCCUUCUUCAGCACAGGCCAACAUGAACAUUAUCCCUCUUCAGCACAGGCCAACAUGAACAUUACUCCUCUUCAGCACAGGCCAACAUGAACGUUACCCCUCUUCAGCACAGGCCAACAUGAACGUUACCCCUCUUCAGCACAGGCCAACAUGAACGUUACUCCUCUUCAGCACAGGCCAACAUGAACGUUACUCCUCUUCAGCACAGGCCAACAUGAACGUUACUCCUCUUCAGCACAGGCCAACAUGAACGUUACCCCUCUUCAGCACAGGCCAACAUGAACGUUACCCCUCUUCAGCACAGGCCAACAUGAACGUUACCCCUCUUCAGCACAGGCCAACAUGAACAUUACCCCUCAUCAGCACAGGCCAAUAUUGCUGUCCCUUCACAGCACAGGCUAACAUGAGAAUUAUCCCUCUUCAGCACAGGCCAACAUGAACGUUACCCCUCUUCCUGCACAGGCCAACAUGAACAUUACCCCUCAUCAGCACAGGCCAAUAUUGCUGUCCCUUCACAGCACAGGCUAACAUGAGAAUUAUCCCUCUUCAGCACAGGCCAACAUGAACGUUACCCCUCUUCAGCACAGGCCAACAUGAACGUUACUCCUCUUCAGCACAGGCCAACAUGAACGUUACUCCUCUUCAGCACAGGCCAAUAUUGCUGUCCCUUCACAGCACAGGCUAACAUGAGAAUUAUCCCUCUUCAGCACAGGCCAACAUGAACGUUACCCCUCUUCAGCACAGGCCAACAUGAACGUUACCCCUCUUCAGCACAGGCCAACAUGAACGUUACCCCUCAUCAGCACAGGCCAAUAUUGCUGUCCCUUCACAGCACAGGCUAACAUGAGAAUUAUCCCUCUUCAGCACAGGCCAACAUGAACGUUACCCCUCAUCAGCACAGGCCAAUAUUGCUGUCCCUUCACAGCACAGGCUAACAUGAGAAUUAUCCCUCUUCAGCACAGGCCAACAUGAACGUUACCCCUCUUCAGCACAGGCCAACAUGAACGUUACUCCUCUUCAGCACAGGCCAACAUGAACGUUACUCCUCUUCAGCACAGGCCAACAUGAACGUUACUCCUCUUCAGCACAGGCCAAUAUUGCUGUCCCUUCACAGCACAGGCUAACAUGAGAAUUAUCCCUCUUCAGCACAGGCCAACAUGAACGUUACCCCUCUUCAGCACAGGCCAACAUGAACGUUACCCCUCAUCAGCACAGGCCAAUAUUGCUGUCCCUUCACAGCACAGGCUAACAUGAGAAUUAUCCCUCUUCAGCACAGGCCAACAUGAACGUUACCCCUCUUCCUGCACAGGCCAAUGUGAACGUUACCCCUCAUCAGCACAGGCCAACGUGAACGUUACCCCUCUUCCUGCACAGGACAACGUGAACAUUACCCCUCUUCAGCUUAGGCCAACGUGAACGUUACUCCUCUUCCUGCACAGGCCAACGUGAACGUUACCCCUCUUCCUGCACAGGCCAACGUGAACGUUACCCCUCUUCAGCUUAGGCCAACGUGAACAUUACCCCUCUUCAGCUUAGGCCAACGUGAACAUUACCCCUCUUCAGCUUAGGCCAACGUGAACGUUACUCCUCUUCCUGCACAGGCCAACGUGAACGUUACCCCUCAUCAGCACAGGCCAACGUUAAUAUCACUCGUCAUCAGUAAAUAUGAGCUUCAGGCCCGUUACAGAAUGUAUUGGUGUUGUUUAUUUAUAUUUGUUGUUUUCUUUUUUUAUUAAAGUGCAUCCACAUUA